CGUCCUAUGGGCGGUACUCCGGUUUGCGUGCCCUGCGUCUGACGUCAUCAGCGUGCUGCAGGAGGCGAUAGGACAGCAAGGUGACCGAUCUUCUGCGUCUCGGGAGAGGUAAAACAUCUGUGCAAUCAUGGUUCUUCAACAUCUCUUCCGCCUGUCCUCCGUCUUCCGCUCUACAAUCUCUGUUCAUCUCCGAAGAAACAUCGGACUGACGGCCAUAGCUUUCAACAAGGCUAAGGAGCUCGACCCCAUUCAGAAACUCUUUGUGGAUAAGAUCCGGGAUUAUAGGACAAAGAGCCAGGCAAGUGGAGGCACAGUUGAUGCUGGCCCUGAAUAUCAGAAGGACCUUACCGAAGACAUCAACAAACUACAGAGGUUAUAUGGUGGAGGAGACCUGGAGAAGUUCCCAGAAUUCAGGUUUGAAGAACCAAAACUUGAGGAAGUUACGAAGUAAAUUUUCCUUUAUCCCUGAAUGCGGAUGUCACCGGCCUCAUGUGUUCCUAGUAAAAUAAUAAACCAUUUUGGUGAUGACUUUCAGAGUGUGCUUUUUCUGUUUUCUCUGACAGAUGUUGGUUCAUAUAUUACUCAAAAUGCAUCUUUGACUUCGGGAGCACCUAAUAAAAAAUAAAUAAACAGAAAUAUUAACACCUGUAA